AUGGCGGAUGAUCGAAAUUACGAAGUAGAUGAGUAUGGGAUGUCCUACAGGAAAAACCCUCCUCGGACCCGGAAGAAAAGUAGGUACUACGAGGAGUACUAUGAAGCAGCACCACAGUACAAGUCAAGAGAUUCUCCUCGUAUCUACUCCCCCAUUCGGCCAAUACAACCAGAUGAUGCCCACAGAGCGAGGCGAAAUCCUAAGCAGCAUAAGGGAAUGCCUAGCUCCAUUGGCUGGCGUAAUGCCUAUGCCAAUCCUGAACGGCGUACCGCUCAAGGCAAUGCAGUUCGACUCCGAAACGUUUUAAAGCUUCCAAAGGCGCACAAAUGGGUGUUUUACGAAUGGCUCUACUCCAAUUUGGACAGACCUCUUCUUUUAAGCGAAAAUGAUUUCCGCAUUUGUCUCCGUGAAAAUUUUCCAAACGUAAAAACUCGUCGCCUAACGCGAGCUCACUGGUCUUUACUGCGUCGACUAAUGGGGAAACCUCGACGAUGCUCUACGUCCUUUUUCGAGGAGGAGCGUCGUUCACUAAACGAAAAGCGAGAAAAGAUACGCACUUUGCAGGCAACUCGUUCAGUACAACUGGAAUUUCUUCGUGAUCUACCCGACGAUAUGCACGUCCCUAUGCCUCUCAUCAUCGGAACAAGGAUUAAUGCUCGUGUUCGUUUUCCAACAGAUGGUCUCUAUCCUGGCAAAGUUGAUGCUAUUGAUUCUUUGCGCCAUUGCUAUCGCGUCACCUUCGACAGACCCAAUUUGGGAACUCGAUCAAUUCCUGACUAUGAGGUGAUCAGCAUUGAUCCUCAAGAGACCAUUCCUCUCUCAGCCUACAAGACUCAACACAAAGCGAGUCGCAACUUGUUUAUGAGUCCUGCCAGGCUAUUAGCUCAGUCUGCUUUACAGGGCAAGAGGCACAUGCAUCACCACAAAAUCGCUCACGCCGUGGGUGGUGCCACCAGCGAUUUCGGUAUUAAUGAUUGUCCUCUUUGUCAAGCUGGUGAUGGUACAUCCCCUAGUUCAAUUAAAGCACCAUCAAUGGGUGAAAUGACUUCUGGAAUUGGAGGGGCUGCUCUUUCACUUAACGAUCCCUCUAGCAGUGGUGGGCGGCUUUUGCUCAAUGAAUCCGAUAUUUAUGGAGGUUAUCCAAUGAAGUUUCUCGUCAUGGUGACGAAGCUGUCAAAAAUUUUGGAAGUGAAGAAGAUGUGCGUGGAUGAGUUGCAGGACCUGAAUACCGAGGCGGAACGGAAAAUAUCCAAUCAGUCAGAAAUAUCUGUUGGGUUUCAGCACAAAUACCUCACACUUAUUGUUCACUUGGAGCGUCUGAAUCGAGAACUCAAUCAAUAUCUCAUCCACGUCCUACAAUAUGCCAACGAAAUCGCACAAGAGCAUGGCGUACCGCCACUGGAGCAACCAGCCGACUUCAAGCAGCGCUGCGAUGAGGAUGCCUAUGACAUUGUGAACCGCGUGAAGAGCAUCCAGGUGCAACGGUUGCGCAACAUGAAAAAUAUGGAUCUUAUCACCAGAUUAACGGGAAUCCUCGUCCAAAUUCGCUCUCUCAGUGAGCAGGAUAGUGUCACACCCGACUGCUCAAGUGUUAUUGACUCUCUUCGAGAUCUGAAGGCUACUCUGCACUCCAGCAACGUCCACAUUUUCGAGGACAUGCUGGAAGUGAAAAUUCACCAUGUGAUGAGUGGAUUGAAUACUCAGGGGAAUUUGCACGCAUUCCUCUACAUGCAUCCCAAUCACAUGCACUUCCAUGAAGCGGCGGAUGGAACGUCGUCUCUUGACUCCAUUGCCUAUGGGGAAGGUUGUUCCUCCACAGCUCAACCGAAGGACGAACAGACUGUGUUUCGGAACAUGCAGGAAGAACAAGAGGUAGCCAAAGCUGGGAUUGGUGUUGUGAUCGGAGAAGAGGAAGUGAUGGAUAACUUUAGGCGACAACUUACCCCAGUUCGGUUGAACAACUCACUUGAAAUGGCUGAAUCACGGCGUUCAAAGUCCCAAUUCAUCGCUUCGGAAACACCUGUUCAAUCUGAUCCUUGUGAUAUGCUAACACAUAUGGAACCCGGAGAUUCUCCUUUUAAUGAUACCACUGAAGUUGAUUCCCAUAGGCCAAUCGAAACGGCGACAUCG